AUGGUUUCUUCAAGAGAGCUCUGUAGGGAUGCUGCCAGUUUUUUUGUUUAUUUCUCUGUGUUUCUUCAUGUAUUUAUCCUCAACUUUGUGUAUUCUGAUUGCCCAAAAUGUUUCCAGUGUGGAAUUCUUGGCAAUUUGUCGUUUCCUCUGGCAGAUUUUUCGCAACCCGGAUGUGGGUUGUUCGCGGUUGAGUGCGAUGCCCUUCCAUAUCCAAGAAUUCACCUGGAUACUGAAAGAAAAGAGCAAGUUAAAGCUGAUUUUAUUAUUCACAGUUAUACCUGGAAGUAUAGUCGUACUUUGCGUGUUAGGCUUUUUCAUUUGGCGCCAUAA